ACUUGUUUGUUACCCUUACAGGCUGUAAACUUACCACCUCUAGAAUCAUGUUGGUGUCAAGCGUGGUUCUCCUGUGCCUAUUGGGCACCGUGAGCGCAGACAAGACCCUCAGCAGCCAUGCCACCAUGUUGGCAGACAACAGUGCCAAUUUGGCCUUCAACCUGUACCAGAACAUGGCAAAGGAGAAGGACCUCGAGAACAUCCUGAUUUCCCCCGUGGUAGUGGCCUCCUCGCUGGGUUUGGUGGCUCUUGGAGGGAAAUCCAACACUGCUUCUCAGGUCAAAACCGUCCUGAGCGCCACUACGGUGAAGGAUGAGCUGCUACACUCCGGGCUGUCUGAGCUUCUCACCGAGGUCAGUAACUCAACGGCACGUAACGUCACCUGGAAGAUCAGCAACCGUUUCUACGGGCCCAGCUCUGUUAGCUUCGUUGACAGCUUUCUGAAGAGCAGCAAGAAGCAUUAUAACUACGACCACUCCAAAAUAAACUUCCGUGACAAGCGCAGCGCGGUCAAAGCCAUCAACGACUGGGCAUCGAAGUCCACCGACGGAAAGCUGCCUGAAGUGACCAAAGAUGUGGAGAAGACAGAUGGAGCCAUGAUCAUCAACGCCAUGUUUUAUAAACCACACUGGGAUGAGCAGUUCCAUCAUAAGAUGGUAGACAAUCGUGGUUUCUUAGUGCAUCGCUCCUACACGGUCUCCGUUCCCAUGAUGCAUCGCACAGGCAUUUAUGGCUUCUUUGACGACACAAGCAACAAGCUUUUAGUUCUGAACAUGCCGCUGGCCCAUAAGAUGUCAUCUGUGGUGUUCAUCAUGCCGUACCACGUAGAAGCCCUGGAAAGAGUGGAGAAACUGUUAACACGUCAACAACUGAACACCUGGAUGGGUAAGAUGGAACAGAGGGCGGUUGCGGUGUCGCUGCCAAAGGUCAGCAUGGAGGUCAGCCACAACCUGCAGAAAAAUCUUGCUGAGCUGGGUCUGACCGAAGCUGUGGACAAAGCCAAAGCAGAUCUGUCCAACAUCUCAGGGAAGAAAGACCUCUACCUGUCCAACGUGUUCCAUGCCUCCGCCAUGGAGUGGGACACCGAGGGAAAUCCACCCGAUGCUAGCAUCUUUGGUACCGACAAGCUCAAAAACCCCAAACUCUUCUACGCUGACCAUCCCUUCGUCUUCCUGGUGAAGGACAACAAGACAAACUCCAUUCUUUUCAUGGGCAGGCUGGUCCGACCGAAGGGUGAAAAAAUGAGAGAUGAAUUGUAGGAUGUUAAUUUAAAUGUGA